AUGGCCUUCCUCCGGAAUCGCUUCGCCAAAGGCAGUCAGGACGAUGCUCAUACAGAUGCUGCGAGGACAUCCAUGUCCCGCGACUCCUCUGCCACUUCCAUAGCCUCAGAUCCCAACAGGAAGCUCUGCAUCGCUAUCAUCGGCUCCGGACUCACUGGUCUGUCCGCCUCGUACUUUCUCCUCGCGUCGGAUGAAGUGGCUAGCGCAGGACUAGAUCGGCCGCUCGAAGUUCAUCUGUUUGAAAGGGCCAGUAAGAUUGGCUUGGACAGCAAUAGCAUCACAAUUAGCAAGGGAACGGGAAGUGGGGUCUAUGCAGGCAAAGCAGAGUCGAUACGGGUAGAUGUUCCUAUGAGGAGCUUGAAUGCUGGCUACUACCCCAAUGUCAUGGCUCUCUAUCGUAGAUUACGGAUACCUCUCAAGAAGACGGACUUUACUUAUUCUUUCUCUUCUCUGCUCUCUCCCGCCACUGGCAGCCAGAAGGACACUGCCACUGCUACUCCCCCUCACCAUGCCCCCUCACCCUCUCUUCUCUACGAAGGCUCCUCUGGCCUCAAAGGAUUCAGUAUUCCCCAUGCGCUGCGAUCAAUACCUCGGAUACGUACAGAUAGCCCCGGAUCUCGUUCGGCAUCCCUCAAACGUCAUGACCUUGUGGCCUCUCCAUUCUACACCCUGCCCUUCUAUUCUAUUAGCCUCAUCAGCAACGCCUUUGGCAUUCUCCAGUACGCUCUCUCCAUCAUAGUCUAUCUGCUUGGCUACCUCAAUCUCGUCUUUCUGGCCAUCUGGUCCCACUACUCUGGCUACACGCGCGAUCCUAGCCAUCCCCUCGCAAGUCGGACCCUUCAAUCUCACUUUCCCUCAGAUAAGAAUGGACGCACCAACGUCUUCCUGGAUCAGGUCGUGGUGCCAUUGUUCAGCGCCAUGAUGACGGUCCAAGCCUCUUCGGUGCUCUCCACUCCAAUUGCAGAGGUGUUCGACUACGUAGCAUUGACCUUCGGGCGGAGCCAUUACACAGUUGCCGCUGGGGUGCACGAGGUAGAAGAGGUGAUUUCGCGACCGAUGGAGAAGACGAAUAUACACGUAGACUGUGAGGUCACGAGCCUGACACGGAAUAGGGGCAGGAUAGACGUCGAGGUUUCGGAAGGUGGAGAGGAGGCAGUCUACGAAGGCUUCGACCACGUCAUUCUGGCAACGCAGGCCAAUCAGAGCGCCGCUUUCGUCGCUUCCUACUUGGAUUCACCAGAUGCAUGUGCGGCCGAGGAGACGAAGCGGCUACAGAAGCUGUUGCGCCAGCUACAGCACUUUACCUACGAGGACAGUGAAGUCAUAAACCACGUCGAUCGGUCGUUGCUGCCUCGAGAGGAGCAGGACUGGAGAGAUCUCAACCUGGUUACACCUCAGAGGAGAUCGAACACUAGCGCCGAAGCCAACAAAGCAAUUACUGAUGCCUCUGAAGGCCAGUCUACAUCGGAUGAAUCGACCUCUGACUCUGAGAUGACUUCAACACUCUCCACAAAUACUCAUACCAUGGCCUCACACAUCAUCCAUCACUCCCUCGCUCCCUCGUCAUCAGCUACGUCUUCAUCAGCAAUCUCUCCCUCUUCCAGUGUCUUGAUCCAGACGACGAAUCCUCUAGCGCAAUUGCGUCCUGCAGACGACAAGGUCAUCUCCGCAUCGCACUUCGAGCGCGCUGUACUCACCUUGCGCUCCAAAGCUGGUCAAGCAGGUCUCUUCGAAUGGCGCAGGAAGGACGAAAGUGACAGUACAGGGAAGGCCCUCGCGAUGAAGAGCCAACAGUCACAGUCUUCCCAACGGAGUCUCGUACAGAGCGCCGCCUUGGCCCCCAUCUCCUUUGUCGGCUCGAGCGUCUCUCUCAUGAGACGUUGCUGGACACAAGGCACCCUGACCACACUAGGAGGAGCAGUACGCGCUCGAUUACCCGUGGAGCAGUGGGAGCUCCGUCUCGGGGAUCUUCAGGGACGAGGGCAGAGCGGGGGCGGGAGAGCUUCAUCCUUGGGUACGCAAGAAGGAGAGGGAGAGGAAAAAGGAGGGGACGCAGAGGCAGAAGCAGACGACGUACGUACUCCGGGAAUCUGGGCGUGUGGCUCGUGGAGUCCGGGCAUCCCGCUUCUGGAGGGAUGUGUGACCAGCUCGAAGCUCGUCGUGGAGGCUCUUUUGCGUGAGGAAGCACAAGCACAAGCGCGGGCUCAGGCUCAAGUGCAGGCUUUGGCGCUACACGAUGACCAGCAGGAGCAGGUAUGA